UCCUUUUUUGUUUGUUUGUUACUGUGUGUGUGAUGAAUACCUUAUAAAUGUACAGUUUGCUGGUCACUGUAAAAGUGGAAAUAUCCCAAUCACACAGAAAAAGCUUCCCAACUUGUUUUCUAAUGGAAGGCUGCUUCCUUGUGAUAUCAAAACUGCCUAAGGAGCGUGUGGGCCUGGAUAUCAAUGUUAAUUCCAGGAAACCUUGAGAAAUGCCAUUGCUGCAGCAACACUACUAGGAAGACCCUUAUAUUAACAGUCAUUUAUUGAAGUGGGAAUUAAGCACGUGGAAACCAUGUUGGAAACAAUAGAUACUCAUCGGGCUCUCCAGGCUGUUGAACGCCUGCAAGCCAAGUUACGUGAAAGAGGUGAUACAGCGAAUGAAGAAAAGUUGGGUUUAUUGAAAUCUGUGCUGCAGAGUCCUUUGUUCAAUCAGAUCUUAAACCUUCAGAUUUCUCUUCCACAAUCAAGAGAUCAGGUCAGUAUUGCACCAUCAGUCUCCUCACCUGGAGAGAUCCCGCAGCUUCCUCAUCAUAGUUCUUCACUCCAGAAUGUGGGUUCUUCAUUCCAGAAUGAAUCCUAUCUGUUGGCUCAGCAAAAUGGCAGCCUUUCUAGUGGGCUAGGAGCAGGUGCACGAUCAGUCACCCCUCAAAUUAAUGGGAAGUCUCCCAGCGAUGAAUUUGAAUUACUCAUCAGAAAUAUGGCACAGGGGCGCCUUGUUGAAACUAUAGAACUUGUAAAGCCUCUAAAUGGUGGUCUGGGAUUUAGUGUAGUUGGUCUGAAGAGUGAAUACAGAGGAGAACUGGGCAUAUUUGUGCAGGAGAUUCAAGACGGAAGUGUGGCACAAAGAGAUGGAAGGCUGCAGGAGGCAGAUCAAAUUCUUGCUAUUAAUAGGCAAGCCCUCGAUCAGACAAUUACACAUCAACAGGCUAUUGGCAUCCUACAGAAAGCCAAAGAUGUUGUUCAGCUGGUUGUGGCUAGGGGUUCUUUGCCUCAGCUUAUAAGUCCUGUAGUUUCUCGAUCUCCAUCAGCUGCUAGCACAAUCUCAGCCCAUUCCAAUCCGGUUCAUUGGCAGCAUGUGGAGACUAUUGAGUUGGUGAAUGAUGGAUCAGGUCUAGGGUUUGGGAUAGUGGGUGGAAAAUCAACUGGAGUAAUAGUUAAAACUAUCCUUCCAGGAGGAAUAGCUGAUCAGAAUGGUAGGCUAUGCAGUGGAGACCACAUCUUGAAAAUUGGUGAUACAGAUUUGAAUGGAAUGAGCAGUGAGCAAGUGGCACAUGUGCUGAGGCAGUGUGGAAACAGAGUGAAGCUGGUGAUAGCCAGAGGUCCAGUAGAAGAGCCUGCACCACCUGCAGUUCCUCCGGGCACACCAGUACAGGCAUUCAUGAUGGAUAACCAGAGAGAGGAAGAGACACAAGUUGAUCCUGUUGCAGAUGGAAACACAUUUGAAGUGACACUUACCAAAAAUAUCCAAGGAUUAGGAAUAACUAUUGCUGGAUACAUUGGAGACAAAACCUCAGAACCUUCUGGGAUUUUUGUGAAGAGUAUCACAAAAGGCAGCGCAGUUGAACAUGAUGGUAGAAUCCAGGUUGGAGAUCAAAUUAUUGCUGUGGACGGAACAAAUCUUCAGGGUUUUACCAACCAGCAAGCAGUGGAAGUUCUGCGGCACACUGGCCAAACAGUUGGACUCACAUUGAUCAGACGAGGCCUUAAGCAGGAAAAUCACAUUCGUCCCCAUGAAGAUUUCAGCAGUAUGGUUGAAAAGGAUUUAAUUUUCCAAGCAAUGGAUAUUGGCAUAAACAAAGAAAGCUGUGAAAGAGAGCAGGAAUCUCCAUUAAUGUCAUGCAGUACCAGUGUGGUUCACAUUGGAGAAGACAUUAGUCCACAACAACCAGGUUUUCAGAUCACUUCUACAGAUGAAGAAAUGUCAUUACAUAACAAAUGGCAGUCAGUUUUGGGGACAAAUUAUGAGGUUGUGGUAGCUCACGUGAACAAGUUUAGUGAAAGCAGUGGACUGGGGAUAAGCUUAGAAGCUACAGUGGGACAUCAUUUCAUCCGGUCUGUUUUGCCAGAGGGGCCAGUUGGACGAUGUGGCAAGCUGUUCAGUGGAGAUGAAUUGCUGGAAGUAAAUGGGAUAUCUUUGCUUGGAGAAAAUCAUAAGGAUGUGGUAAAUAUUUUAAAAGAGCUGCCCAUCAAAGUUACAAUGGUUUGUUGCCGUGCAGCUUCACCUGCUAAGCAGUCAGCCCUGGAUGAGUCUCAUAUGACAGAACAGUCUCAUAUAGACCUUGGUGGAUUGCUUGGCUCUUCAGAGACAGAGGACAUGAACUUGGAAAUGGCUAAUAUGGGCCAGAAUACAGACGAGGUUCCAGGAUCUUCUUUGGCAAUGUGGGAAACAGAAGUGCAGCAAAUUGAAUUAGAGAAAGGGAGCAUGGGACUAGGCUUUAGCAUAUUAGAUUACCAGGACCCGAUGGACCCUGCAAAUACAGUGAUUGUGAUCCGCUCUCUAGUUCCUGGGGGUGUUGCUGAACAAGAUGGCAGACUCCUCCCAGGAGACAGGCUCAUGUUUGUCAAUGACAUCAACCUGGAAAACGGUAGCCUGGAAGAAGCUGUGCAAGCACUGAAAGGAGCACCAAUGGGAACAGUUAGAAUAGGAGUCGCUAAACCAUUGCCUCUUUCUCCAGAAGAGGGCUAUGUUUCUGCUAAGGAAGAUUCCUUUUUCUACACUGCCCAGUCCUUUGAGGAGGGAGGGCUAGCUGAUUCAGCCCUCUUCCAUGCUGAGCUGGCUCUGGUGGAUUCAAGUGAGGCAGAUCUAGCGGAGGAAUCCACCUUUGAAUCGCAGUAUUCCCCAGACAAUGAUGGUACAUUCCAGUCUUCAGCUCUACAUGGCAGCACCUGUGUUGAUGAUCUGAAGUUUAAUUCCUCUUCAACUCCCAAGGUGGUGUGCAAAGAAAGUUGCAAUGCCCCAGUCAGUUAUCAUCAAUUGUCUGACCAGAACUUGUAUACUAUGGAUCUAAUCCGACGAGGAAUGGAGAGUAAAUCACCUGCAGAUGUGUGUGUGGAAGAGCCUGCUGGAUCUUGUCUUGCGAACCCAACAACACAUUCUUCUGAGAAAGAAGUUGAACAUGACAACACAAGUAUUUGGAAAGAAUCUCUAGUAACACCUGAACCCUUACAGCAUGUGAACUUAGCUUCUAGAUCACCACCUGACCCUACUGGGAAAGAUCAGGUAUUCCUAAUGGAAAACAACAGCCUAACACAUGCUGGGAAAUCUUCUGCAACCCUUAAUACAAACAGAAACAAGUUUGAGAAGACUAUUACUAUUGCAAAAGGCAAUUCAAGUUUAGGGAUGACAGUAAGUUCCAAUAAAGAUGGCUCAGGAAUGAUAGUCCGUAGCAUCAUCCAUGGUGGUUCUAUAAGUCGUGAUGGACGAAUUGGUGUAGGAGACUGUAUAUUGUCCAUAAAUGAGGAACCUACCACUAAUUUAACCAAUGCACAGGCACGAGCAAUGCUGAGGAGACAUUCUCUCAUUGGACCAGACAUAAAAUCUUCUCCAGCACCUGCUGAUGAUCAGGCCCCCUUUUAUGUCAUUUGCUAUGUGCCAGCAGAACAAUUAGAAGAGUACCAGGCCAGUUUAGGGCAGCAGCCAGAAGGAACCAUGCCAUUAGAUGUUUUUCCUUCCCAUACUGUGAGAGAAAUCCCAGAACUACCAGAACGUGAAGAAGGGGAAGGAGAAGAAAGUGAACUUCAGAAUGCUAGUUAUAAUAACUGGAACCAACCGAGACGGGUUGAGCUCUGGAGGGAGCCUAGCAAAUCCCUGGGAAUCAGCAUUGUUGGUGGACGAGGAAUGGGAAGCCGCCUGAGCAGUGGUGAAGUCAUGAGAGGAAUCUUUAUCAAGCACAUUCUUGAAGACAGCCCUGCUGGCAAAAAUGGAACUUUAAAAACAGGAGAUAGAAUAGUGGAGGUGGACGGAAUUAACCUCAGAGAUGCGAGCCAUGAACAAGCUGUGGAAGCCAUACGGAGGGCAGGCAACCCUGUAGUCUUUAUGGUACAAAGCAUUAUAAACAGACCAAGGCCAGAAUCUCUCUAUAGCUCUUUAUCGUCUUCUGCUCCCAGUGGGCAGAAACCUAAUAAUCCAUUUUACCACCAGUCAUCACAGAACCUCCCUAUGCUUUACCUGCAGUACAACCCUUUCAGUAAGCCUCCUGCCUUCAGCAGCACUAACCCCUUUGUUGACCCUCUCCAGUUCAACACUAACAAGGACAUGCAGCAUCCAAUUAGAUUUAUCUCCAGUUGCUCCCCAUGUAACCCCUUUGCACCUACACCAUUUAAGGCAUCCAGUCAGUCAGAUUCGGAGCCAGAAAAGACUUCAUUUUGUAAUGUGCCUCUGCCGCCUCCUUCAUUAUCUUCAGGAAUGAGUGGGGAAGUGUUGCAGCAGUCCUGUAACAAACACCAAGAAGAUUUGGAUAAGGAAGAUGAGUUUGGAUACAGCUGGAAAAAGAUCAGUCACCAGUAUGGGCAUCUGUUAGGAGAUCUGCACAUGAUAGAAUUGGAGAAAGGGAAGACUGGCUUAGGACUCAGCCUAGCUGGGAACAAAGACCGAUCCAAGAUGAGUGUUUUUGUAGUGGGAAUUGAUCCAAAUGGAGCAGCUGGAAAAGAUGGCAGGCUGCAGAUUGCAGAUGAGUUACUGGAAAUAAAUGGACAAGUUCUAUAUGGAAAGACUCACCAGAAUGCAUCUUCAAUAAUUAAAUGUGCACCUUCUAAAGUAAAAAUAAUAUUUAUCAGAAACAAAGAUGCUGUCCAUCAGAUGGCUGUUUGUCCUGGGAAAUCAAUAGAGACCUCAACUAUAUCUUCUGGGACUCAGCACAAAGAGGGAGAAGAGAAUCUUCAAAGCUCUGUUCUAUCUAUAGAUUUUAGUUUAUACAAGAAUAUUCAAAAUGUGGAACUGCCAAAGGAUCAAGGUGGUAUAGGCAUUGCCAUUGGUGAAGAAGACACACUUAAUGGUGUGGUUAUUCAGAGCUUAACGGACCAUGGUGCAGCAGGGAAGGAUGGCCGAAUUAAGGUUGGAGAUCAAAUUUUAGCAGUGGAUGAUGAAAUUGUUGUGGGAUACCCUAUAGAGAAGUUUAUCAGUUUGCUGAAGACACCAAAGGCCACUGUGAAGCUCACAAUCAAUUCAGUAGAACAGGAGACCCAGACACAGCCACUUAGUUACAGUGCUACUUUGGGUGAAAAAACUAAUACUCAACAGUCAGUGAUUGCUCCACCGUCUGAAUCACCAGAACCAGAGUCAAUUAAAAACACAAGUAGGUCUUCAACUCCAGCAACAUUGGCUUCUGACCCAACCACAUGUCCAAUCAUCCCUGGCUGUGAAACUACAAUUGAUAUUUCCAAGGGACGUACUGGCCUUGGCUUGAGUAUUGUGGGAGGAGCAGACACUUUGCUGGGAGCAAUUAUUAUUCAUGAAGUGUACGAAGAAGGAGCAGCUUCUAAAGAUGGAAGACUGUGGGCUGGUGAUCAGAUUUUAGAGGUGAAUGGAAUUGACUUAAGAAAUGCAACACAUGAUGAAGCAAUAAAUGUUCUCAGACAGACACCACAAAAAGUCCGCCUCACCGUUUAUAGGGACGAAGCCCAGUAUAAGGAGGAAGAUAUGUAUGAUGUUCUUAGCAUAGAGUUACAAAAGAAGCCAGGCAAAGGCCUUGGACUCAGUAUUGUUGGGAAAAGAAAUGAUACUGGAGUAUUUGUAUCAGACAUUGUCAAAGGAGGUAUAGCAGAUCUCGAUGGGAGAUUGAUGCAAGGAGACCAGAUACUAAUGGUGAAUGGCGAAGAUGUUCGAAAUGCUAACCAGGAGGCAGUGGCCGCUUUGUUAAAGUGCUCAUUAGGUACAGUCAGACUAGAAGUUGGAAGAAUAAAGGCAGGUCCGUUCCAUUCGGAGAGGAGAACGUCUCAGAGCAGCCAGGUCAGCGAAGGAAGUGGCAGCCUGUCAUCCUUUAGUUUCCCAGGUUCUGGAUUGAAUGCAACUGAAAGUUAUGAAAACACUCUGAAGAAGAAUUCCUUGGCAUCUGAAAUACAAGGAUUAAGAACAGUUGAAAUCAAAAAGGGCCCAUCAGAUUCUCUGGGAGUUAGCAUUGCAGGAGGAGUAGGAAGCCCACUUGGAGACGUUCCCAUUUUUAUAGCCAUGAUGCAUCCCAAUGGAGUUGCAGCACAAACUCAGAAACUGCGGGUUGGAGACAGAAUUGUUAGCAUUUGUGGAACAUCUACAGAAGGCAUGACUCAUUCCCAGGCUGUCAGUUUGCUGAAAAAUGCUUUGGGCACAAUUGAAAUACAGGUUGUAGCUGGUGGAGAUGUCAGUGUUAUAACCAGCCAGCAGCAAGAUCCACCAACAUCUAGUCUUUCAUUUGCAGGACUAACAUCAAGCAGCAUAUUUCAAGAUGAUUUAGGACCUCCGCAGUAUAAAACCAUCACUCUGGAUCGAGGACCAGAUGGUUUAGGUUUCAGUAUUGUUGGCGGGUAUGGAAGUCCUCAUGGAGAUCUACCCAUAUAUGUUAAGACAGUGUUUGCAAAGGGUGCUGCUGCAGAAGAUGGACGCCUGAAGAGAGGGGAUCAGAUCAUCGCUGUCAAUGGGCAGAGCUUGGAAGGGGUCACUCAUGAAGAAGCUGUGUCUAUUCUGAAAAGGACAAAGGGAACUGUCACAUUGACUGUUUUGUCUUGAACACUCUACCCGAAGAGGUCAGCACAAUUACUCUGUCCACAUUCUGUGUAGGAAGGAGAAUGGACAUGUUUAUGUAGGUCUCUUGCAAAUGCAAGUUGUCAGGCUGUUCUACACCAUGGGUGAAAAAAAUAACAAAUGAUCUUAUUUUUAUACACAGUAGAAAUAUUUUCUUGCCAUUGGAUUACAGAGAUUGGUUAUGUAGUGUAGGACCGUGAAAGAGAGAGAACAAAACAAAACAAGAGGACAAAAAAAAGAAGGCUAUUUUGAUAAUUUGGAAUCACAUGAUUGUUCAGAGUUCUAUUCUGGAAUUCCAAAAAUACAUAAACUUUUGGCUUUUUACAAACAUUAGAUAAUCAGUGUUGAAUUAACAGACAGAAGUUUUAAAAGCACGAAUUGAUCAUUCUGAUUACAUUUUACUGCUGUUGUUAAUAACUGUAUACCCAGCAGUGGAAUGUAAAAUUCCAAACUCUUUUCUGUAAUCAUUUUGGUUGAGAACAAUAUUUUAAAGAAAAAGAUUUUAGAUGUUUGUUCAGCAUUCACGAAAACUAUAAUUCAACAGAAUUAUUGAUCUUUGUAUUCACUAGUAGCAAAAGAUCCAUCUUUGGAUGGGAUAAAUGUGCAAGCAAUGCCUCUCUGUUAAACAGAUCCCAGGGAUAUAGGUCACCUCUUCUUGCUUCUCUGUACAGUUUCUGGCAGUGAUAGCCAGGCCAUGCAAGGUCACAGCUGCAAAGCAGAUUUUCCUAUUUGCAUUGUGUCUCGUAUUCCCCACAGGAAUGGAUGAUAAUUAUUACACAGAUGUAUCCAUACAUGGACAGAUACAGAUACAUAAUCAUGAUAGCUUUGGGUGGAAAUUUUGAUCCUAAAUCUUUUCUUUAAAAAUACAUUUAAAAACACCAGUACAAUUGGCCCUCCAUAUCCAUGGAUUUCUUAUCCACAGAUUCAACCAACCAUGUCUAGAAAAUAUCUAAUAAUAUAUAAGUUUCCAAAAGCAAACCUUGAUUUUGUCGUUUUAUACAAGGGACCCAAUUUUACUGUAUAUAAUGGGAUAUGUAUCCCGUUAUAUAUAAUUAGAUUUGCAUCCCACUGUAUAUAGUGGGAUUUCAGCAUACACGGAUUUUGGUCUCCACAGGGACUCCUGGAACCAAACUCAAACAGAUAUCAAGGGCCCAUUGUAUAUGGUUGCAAAGGAAACUUUGGAAAUGUUGACAGAGAUUGUAGAAGGUAAAUGUAAAGAUAUUUUAAAUAAUUUUAUGUACCUAACUAUAUUAAUUUGGCUUCUGGUUUGUCACAUUUGGAAGCCUCUAUAUAAGAAAGUAUGUGUGAAAGUGUGUCUGGAAUCCUUGAAAUAGAAAUCCCAAGGAUAGAAUUUUGACCUUCCUUUGGGCAAGAUAUCUACACUGCAACUGAACCUUCCACCACUGAACUAUCACUGGAUCAUAUAUGAGCUCCAGUCACCUUGUUGACUUUAUGUUGCGAAUUCUAUUCUUGUGACUCCUCGAAAUAGACGUGGAUGAAAAAACUUCCAUUUCAAGAUUUUGGGGGACAGGAAUUUACCAACAUUUGCAAAUUGCUUCAUCUGUGGUAGAAACUCAAACUGGUUGAUUUAUCCAUCCAAACUUUAAGCUGGAGGUGUUAAACUCUUAGAAAUCUGGACUUGACUCCUUGGCUAUUAGGACUGAAUUAGGAUUGCCAUCUCUUUUAUAUGGCAGGCAUAUAUUACCUGGUGCUUUCCAGGCUGAGAGCUGCUAAACUUAAUGAAUUUGACCAGCACAAAUGGGGAAGAAUUUUGUUUUACUUUGUUCUGUAAAAUGUAUCAAGAUUCAUACAUUUCUCUCCCUUCAGGUCUUAAAUUUUUGAAUGCUAGAAAAAACAAAAAACAAAAAUUUGGGUUAGCAAUAUGGUGUCAAGUUAGGGAUGUCUUAGGGAGAGGGAUACAUCGAUUAAGUCAUCUCCAAGUAGAGUUUGGAAAAGUUACUUCUUGGAAUUACCUCUCAGGAUUCUCCAGGAAAUAUAGCCAGCCCCCAGCCAUGAUUUCAUGCUUUCACUGUCAUAGUUUAUCUAAGAAAUUGUGAAUGCAAUUCAGGAGAUAGCUGUAAAAUUAAGCAGUAGUUUUGGAAUAUAACCCAAAGAGCAUUGUUAUCACUGUUGCCAGCAGCCAAGAGGAACUGAGAGAGCAAAUCUGGGACAAAUUUUAUAGAGCUGUCUGUGCCUGCUGAUGUAUACCUGAACAUACAGCAAAAGGUUGAUUUGCUGUUGCUUAUCACUGUAGUAAUCAUAGUAAUUUCUUUCUGUGAAGGUCUAUUCCUCAUAACAGUGUAUUUAUUUGUGUGGUUGAUAUGGAUAAAUGUCCCCAAAUAUCCCUCAUUGCCAUUGUUUGAGGUCAGCUGUUUGCUUUUGUUCAUGUCUAGUACUUUAAUUCACAUGGUCAUAAAAAUGGUUAAUAUCAGCACAUGAGGAGCAUACUAGUCUCCCUCUUACCAUGAUCACUCUCCACCUUUGGCGAGCAACACUCCGAAGAUGACAGCAUCAUCUAUAAUGGAUCUUCUCCAAACAAUCAAGAACUUUGAUCACAUAGGGAAUCUCUGAGUGAAGGGAGGCUCUCCUGUUCAAACUGUCACUCCAAAUCAGAAGAAUGAUGGAUGUAACAACAGGGCUAGCUUUCGCAUAAGUUGAUGUUACACUGUUUUUGUGAUCACUGCAUAUUUUUAAAAUAUCAAACUCUAAGGUUCAUUGUCCUUAGAAGUAUAUGAGUGAGAAAUAUCCAAAGAGUAGCACUGUAAUGUUGAAGGGAAACAAGGAACAAAAAUACCUUACAGCUGACAAUAGCAGCCGCCAAUACAUAGUAUUCAGAGGUGGCCAAGGAGAGGCAAAAGCUGCUGCUAGCAACAUCCUAAGUAUAUUCAGUCAGGCAGAUGGACCGAAGCUGUAAUCCUAUAUACACCUAAAUAUAAGGUCCUGUUAAGGCUUACUUCUGAGUAGGCAUUUAUAGGAUUGCAUUGUCACUCUGUCUUCUAAGUGUAUUUACUCUUUUAACCUGCAUAUAAUUUUUAUUCACUUCUUUUUUAACCACUCUGCCCUACAGAGCAGUCGUCUUCUGCCUUCAGACAGCCCUCUAUAUCUUCUUUUAUUCUGCCUGCCUCCUAAUUUGUUCCUACUUGAAAGUUUAAAUUUCACAAGACCAAGCCAAACCAGGAUGUGAGAACCCAUUUUGUGAACAUUUCUUCUUCCUGUGAUAUGUACCCCGUUUUCAGAGUUAGCAAGUAGGUUAUCAUGGGAGUUUUGAGGGAGAAUACCACAGAAGAAAGUAUACUGAAAAAGAGCCACAGCUCCUUUUCCUAUCCACCCCAUACAUGCCAAGCCUUUUCACACUUUUGACGACUUACAGUUUGGAUCACAUUUUGUUUGAAAUGUUCCAUUUGCCUUCUUCAUGAAAAUCAUGAUAUAUCCCAUUGAGUUUUACUGUGUGUGGUUUUAGAGCAAUGGAAGCUUCUUUGGAACAAAGUUAAUGUCUGUUGAGAUAGCACUGCCCUCAUGCUGAGGUACUUUUGUUAGUCAUGAAAGUCUGUUGUGGCUAUAAAAACACUUAACCAGCUUGAGAAAAGCUAAGGUCUUCCAGGAAACAUUUUGGCCAUCCCCAAAUUCCCCUUUUCAUACUUGAAAUGGUCACUGGAGAACAUUUACUGUGUCCUAGAAUUUCAUAAGGCAGUACAACUUACAGCAAAAUUAGGUUAACCAAAUGUGUACUAUCUCCUUAGAGCAUUGCGAUGGGAAAGAGUUUAAGUCUUUUGAGCCACCCUCUCUUUAAAAAUGUCAUAGAAAAGUAAGAUUUUUCAUCCACCUAAAGAACAAUUUUUUCCAUCUGUUUCCUGGUGUUUUCUUGAGGUCAUGAUUGCUUUGCAAACUUUCAAGAAAGUAUAAGAAGCUAUCGGUGGUAUUUAAUGGUUGAUGUUUAAUGGAAGAAGAAAUUUAAAGACAAACAAGCCUCUUAGAAGAAUAUGAGAGGCACAAGUAGCUUUUCCUCAGAAAAAGGGGGAAAUAGAGUUUAGGAAGUAUCUUGAGAUAUUUUGAGAAAUCUGGUAGUUAUGAAAAACUUAAUUAAAGUGAAGUCCUUGGUGUAAGUAAUUAAUUACGGAUGUUUCAUGGGCUAGCCCCCAUAAAAUACAGUAACUGGAAGCAAUCAGUGUUGAAUUACUGUCUUGUACGCACUAACAACCUUAGAAUGUGUUAUACCUACCUUACAAUAUGUGCAACCACUUGAAAUAUCUUCUAUAUUUGUAACAGAUGUAGUGUACAGAUAUUUUAUUACUACCAAUGUGUCUAAAUGCAAAAUUAGUUUAAUAAAUGUGAAUCUAUCUGUGGUGAACA